AUGAAGGAAGAGACCAGCAUUCCAUGGAGAGAGGAGGGUUUUGAGGAUCAAUGUACCUACAUUGUGAAGGACCAGCUGUACGAACCACAUGCCAACCUUCCGCAAGCACAAGCCUCUUUGCCCCGGAACCUGGCCUUCCAACGCAACAGCAACAAUGAGGUGAUAGCUGUGAUCAGCAGAGAGUAUAUCCCACAAGGAACACGCUUUGGGCCGCUGGUUGGAAAGAUCUACACCAGAGAGAAUAUCCCCAAAAACAUGGAUCAGAAGCACUACUGGAGGGUUCUCUCUGCAAAAGGAGAGCUCCACCACAUCCUUGAUGUGAAUGACCCCAACUGCAGUAACUGGAUGUGCUACGUGAAUCCGGCUCCCACCCAUCUGGCCCAGAACUUAAUAGCUUGUCAGUGCAACCUGGAGAUCUAUUUCUAUACCAUAACACCCAUCUUGGCUGGAGCUGAACUUUUUGUUUGGUACAUGCAUGGGGUACCUAGACAAUUCCAAAGCUUGCUCUCAGGGGAGCUGGCAACUAAACCAGAGUAUCUAAUCUCAAGGGAUUUCCUGGUACAACCCUUCCCUGAGAAAGUCAGUAGACCCCCACAGAAUGCCUCCAAAGAUGACCAAAAAUGCGCAGCUAUUUAUACAAAGAGAGACAAGGAUGAGGAAGAGAUAAUUGAUGUUGAAGAGCUAGAACAAGACAUGCCGCCAAGGAAGACAGCAGAAAACCAAAAAGGGGAUUCAAAGCCACAGACCUCUGGGAGCAUGCAAGAACAGGCCACGAAUCUUAACUUUUCCCACAAUGCUUCCAAGGAAGAAGUUGCUUCUGAGAAGCCUGGUCUUCCAAGCCAAAGAGACAUGGGCCCAGAGAGACAGUAUGGCCCCAGUUGCUACCCAUACAACGCAACUACCUCGCUCUGGAAGGAAAUUCCACUCCAUCUCAGCAACCCGUCUUCCUCCUACUCAGGGUGCCAGCCAAGGAGCAACCUGCCCCAGGCAUAUCACUAUGCCUGCAACACCUCAGCUGCCCACCACCCCACAUCUCUACUGGUCCCUCAAAACUUCUCGUUUCCAUUUGAACUGCCUCUAACAGGUCCUAGAGAAAUCACAUCCCUAAAUUUGUCUUCCCUGGGGAAAAGGAGACCUCCCUCUCCGGGGAUGUCUCCAGCUGUCUUCCCUCCCAUCUUGCCACAUGGAAAACAAGUGGACCAGAAACCGCCAAAUCGUUUCUCUUCCCUCCACACCAGAAUCUUCUCAUUUCCCAACUCUGACCCAGGGCACGCUGCCAUUUCACGUGGCUCCGUAGUUCAGCACCUGAAAGCUCCCUCCCAGCCUGCCUGCCAGGAUGAGACCAUCAACCUCAGUACGCCAAAGACCAACCCACCAGAUCCCCAAGAAAGCAGCAAGUCUGCGACAUACCCUCUGGGGGAGAAGAAUGGCAAAAUCAAAUACGAGUGCCAUAUCUGCUCCAAGAGCUUUGGGCAGCUUUCUAAUCUCAAGGUCCAUCUGAGAGUGCACAGUGGCGAGAGGCCUUUUCAGUGCCAGGUCUGUAAAAAACGUUUCACCCAGCUGGCUCACCUGCAGAAACACCAUCUGGUGCACACAGGCGAGAAGCCACACAAGUGCCUGGUAUGCCCCAAACGUUUCAGCAGCACCAGUAACCUCAAAACCCACCUCCGCCUGCACUCUGGGAUAAAGCCUUAUGCAUGCUGCCUAUGCCACAGCCGUUUCACCCAGUACAUCCACCUCAAACUCCACCAGCGCCUCCACGAUCACCAGCGCCUACACCACUGCCCCAGCUGCCGCAAGACCUACAUCCACUGGAUUAGCCUGGAGGUACACCGGCGGGGGUAUUGCCCGCUUAAUCCGUGUGCCAACUGCUCGCCUGCCCAGCUCUGCCAUUUCAAUGACAUGAUUGACCGCUUUGACUUCAGCCCGCAUGCCGACCAGCUGGAGGAGGGAGAGCCUGAUCCUGUCAGGGCUGCUGUGCUAGUGGAGGCCAUCAUCCUGAGGGAAAUGGUGGCAGCUGGUCAGCACAACGCCCUCUGCUCACCAAGCCCCCCCACGCAGUUUGCGUUCUUCCCAGCGAUGAGCUACACCAUUUGUUUUAAGAGAGAGUCUUUGCCGACACAACCGGCCUAA